UAAUAAAGUGUCUUCCUUUGGUCGCCAAUGCCAUGUUCUAAUGUAAUCGCUAAAUUCGUCACUUUUGACUGAGGCUAUCUGGUCAUAGUGAUCUCGGUUAAGUUGGUCAGGCGCCGUUGGCUGAUGGGCUUUGGACAGGAAAUGUAGAGGAGGCUAGGUGAUCAUGGAUGCGCUGCAGGCCGCUGCAUGUGGUGAUGUUGUGUGGCUCGGUUACAUUCUCCGACGUCGGACCUCGCUGCCUCAGCGCGACAGACAGGGUCUUACUGUGCUGCAUGUGGCCGCUCAUCAUGGGCAGGUCAAGUUCCUGGAGGCUCUGCUAGAGGGUGGCAUUAUAGAGGUGGACGCCCGCUGCCCCCAGGGCCGGACCCCACUUCACCUGGUCUUCACCCCAAAGAGCGCCCCCUCCACCCUGGCCUCCGCAUCAUGCCUGCUGAUACAUGGAGCACAAGUCAAUGCGGCCACAAAGGCCGGCGUGACGCCUCUGCACCAGGCAGCAGCUGAGGGUCUUCUGGAGGGUGUGCAGGCCCUCCUGGGGGCGGGAGCUGACCCACACCUGAGGGAGAUGAAUGGCCACACGCCGCUGGACAUGGCCAAGUUGUGGUGCCACCGGCAGGUUGCACGUGCUUCAGUGUGUCAGUGGGGAUCAAUCUGA